UUUUACUCUAUGAUAGACCUUGAAGCUGUCAAAAUAAAAUUUAUGAUUGAUCCUCAUUUUAAUUAGAUUUUGUUUUCCUUUUUCAUUAUUGUAAUGUUUAAAUGUGUGUAUUCUAUGUAAAUAAUUUUAUUCGGGAUUUUACGCAGUUUCUUAUUUCGAGUUUCAAGUACGAUACCUGCAGCUGUACUGCUGAUCAAGCAAGAAAAUAACAGGCAAGGAUAGUAGUGUAGUUUUUUAAAUAUAGUUAACACAAUCUAAUGUCUGGAUUAUUGUAUAUUUGUGAUUACGGAAAUAAUUCUGAUUCUGACGAGUUUGAAGUCGACAACAAGCUACCAGUGUUAAAAAGAUCUGAAAAAUUACCUGUACCAAAUCUGAGCCAUAUUCCAGCAGUUCCAGUUGAACAGUAUAAAGAUAAUCCUGAUCUUCAUAAUGGUCGCGUGAGGAGUUUUCCACAUGUGAGAGGAAAUUGGGCAACCUUUGUUUAUAUUAAAUAUCAAGAUGAAGAUUCAUUACUGAACUUUGCAACCAAGUUACAGAGUUUGUUAUUGGAAGUGAAAGACUUGUUUAAUCUCUGUGAUGAUUUUCACCUAAGUUUAUCUAAAACAGUGGUUCUAAAUUAUCACACCAUUGUACCGUUUACUCAAAGUUUGAAAGAAGUUUUUUGUGAUAUUGAGAGAUUUUAUUUAGGUUUUGAUAACAUUCAGGUUUUGUGUAAUGAUGAGAAGACUCGGACAUUCAUUGUACUGAAAGCUGACUACUUUAGUGUGAAGAGUUUAACUUCUCUUGUCAAAAAAAUAGACACAGUACUUGGAGAUUUUAAAUCAGAAAAAUUUUAUCAAGAUCCGUCAUUUCACAUAAGCUUACUUUGGGCGAAUGGUGACCAUAAAGAAAAACUUGAAACUUUGUUGGAUAAUGUAAAUGAAGUGAUUAGCGCCGAAGUUGUGAAAAAAAUCGAAUCAGUUCUCGUAGACAAAGUAUAUUGUAAAAGUGGCAACAAGUUUUAUCAAUAUUCAUUAGAUUAAUAUUGUAGCAAUAUAAUGACAAUGGAACGAAAUCUUAACAAAGUUUACAUAAACCCCAAUUUUAAUCAAAGAACUGCAGUAAAUGUUAUGCAAAUACCUACUCAAAAUAACAUGCAUGUUAAUCCGUACAUUUCUCAAGUAGACUCACGAAGUAAUUACGAUCAAUCAUUGAAUCCAACAAAAAGAAGAAUAUUUGUUAACCCCAAUUUUAUACGACCUAAUAAUUUUGUGAAUAAUUCCAAAUCUUAUGCACCCAGUUUAUAUUAUGAGACCCCGCUUUUAAAACAAAAUGAUAUUGAAAAUAGUUCAACCAAUUUUAAUGAACAUAUUGUGUCCUAUCAAAAUA